CCAAUGGAACCUUCAUCCACACCAAGGGAGUGGGAGCUUCAGGAUCAUUUAAGCUACCAAAAGAGCAGAAAAAGCCGACCAGAAAGUCUGCUACGUCGAGUAAAAAGCCGGUGGCUAAGCCAAAGAAACCUGCUGCUACAUCGAAAGCUUCCACCAAGAAACCUGCGGCCAAGAAAGAGACUUCCUCUAAGAAAAACUCUUCCACAAAAAGUCCGUCAUCCAAGAAAGAUACGUCCAAGAAGCCUGCAGUCAAGAGGCCAUCAGACACAAAGUCACCAACAAAGCCGAAGGUAGCUGCGAAGAAACCUAGCACAAAGAAAGAAGUUAAAAAGCCGGCCGCAGUCAAGAAAGCUAAGGUGACCAAGAAGAAAUAAACGAAAAGAUAUCUUCGCCCGGCGUCCAAUAAACCAAACGGCUCUUUUAGGAGCCACAAAUAAACAAAAGCAAUGACCAACUUGAAAAAAA